GCCGUGAGCGACGACGAUAAGGCCCGGCAGCAGCUAGGAACGCGGCUCCAUCACAAUCGCGUCAAGAAGAUCCUAUUUCACUUCCUCAUUAUUUUCGCCGUCAUGCUAGCAGGCUUCAAGGGUCUCAAGACCUAUGUCGGGUCCACCGCGCAAUGGCUACACAAGCAACCGUGCAGUGGGCUACAGAGGAACUAUAGCACUAAACUUCCUAGCCACUACUUACUGCCCUCAGGCCACCAGAUUCCUUCGGUCGCGCUCGGCGUUUGGAAGGCAAGUCCUGGCGAUGCUGGACAAGCCGUUGCCGCCGCUUUGAAGGCUGGGUACAGACACAUCGAUGGCGCCUGGACAUAUCGGAAUGAAGAAGAGAUCGGGAAGGCUAUCAAGAACAGCGGUAUCCCUCGCGACCAAAUUUGGCUUACCUCAAAGCUUUGGAACACUUUUCACGCUCCAGUAGAUGUUGAGCCAGCUCUCGACGAAUCCCUGACCAGGCUUGGCACAGAAUAUCUCGAUCUGUAUCUCAUGCACUGGCCCAUUGCGUUCAAGAAAGGCAGCAACAACGAGCUGGAUGUUGCCCUGACUGCGGAUCCGUACCCCACAUGGAAGAAGCUGGAAGAGAUGGUCGACAAAGGCAAGGUCCGCAACAUAGGCAUCAGCAACUUCAACAUCGCCAGAGUCGUGAACUUGACCGCCAACCCGCUCAAGUACAAACCGGCCGUGAACCAAGUGGAGCUUAACUUUUGGAGCCCGCAGCCCGAGCUGGUCGAGUGGGCACGCAAGCAUGGGCUUCUGCUCGAGUCAUACUCGCCGCUCGGAGGCAACAACCAGGUGAAGGAGACACUCGACGUGCCCGAGGUUAAGGAAAUUGCGCAGAAGCUCAACAUAACGCCCGCUCAAGUAGUCAUCUCAUGGCACGUCCAACGCGGCACCGUUGUUCUCCCUAAGAGCGUCACUCCUUCUCGUAUCGACGAGAACAUCAAGAUCUUCGCCCUGCCUGAUGAUCUCUUCGACAAGCUUGAAGCUGCUGCUACUGUGCACCCUCCACAACGUACCUUCAAUCCUUCGAAGAGCUGGGGCCUCGGCUUUGACAUUUUUGACGAGGACUGGCCCUUGUAACCAUGUGUUCUAGGGCUUUUGUAAAGCUACCGGAUGCCUAAGGCCUCAUAGAGCGACCAUUGAAGCGUACUUUCUCUGGUCUUCAUGUGCCUCAUCCUGCAAAAAAUGGAAGAUUUACUUUUAGGCUUGCA